GGGUAGGGACAACUGGGUGGGGGUGUUAGACAUUGACUUGAUUGGAUAGUGACAUAGUGCUGAUUGAAGAUAACGUUGAUUGGAUACUGUUUUGAGGGAGUGGAUAUUGUUGAUCGAGGGUGUAACACUGUAAAAUAGAAAGAACUGGCACCAGCGCUUUUUAUCGACUUCAUCUGCCUGUGGACAAGUCGUCGUGAUCAGUCAGAUACAUUGGGGAAUGCUGGAGCGCGAGUAUCGCCAUCAUCCAUCAGAUACAUCGAGGAAUAUGUUGAAGUACGAGUAUGCCGUCUGUUAGCCGGACUUGUUUGUCGAUCCGGAAGACUGCAAAUGUUGAGGUGGGGUGGAUAAUGAUUGAUGGUACACACUUGGGUGACGGCGAAUGGUUACCUGGGACUUGACAAUUGUGGGACCUUCCUUCCUUGUUCCAACAUGGGACUGGACAGUCGACAGUGACAGUUCCAAGACUGUCCAUGCUCCGGUUAGGAGAUCAGCUUAACUUUUAAGUUUUAACCCAGGAAGUAGCUUCUUGUUUGUUUGUUUGUUUGUUUGUUUGUUUGUUUGUUUGUUUGUUUUUGUUUGUUUGUUUGUUUGUUUGUUUGUUUGUUUGUUGUUGUUUUUUUUUUUUUUUUUUUUUUUUUUAACAAGAACUCCACUGGUUCUACUAGGAGGGGGGAUGAUUCGGGCAGCCCCUCCUAGUAGGCCGGCCGGGUGCUCCAAUCUGUCGGUGGCGAGCAACACCUGCUCGAAAAUGGGUCCCGUGUCCCGGAGUACAUCAGCUGCUGGAAUCGGGGUCCAGCAUCCCAAACAUGUCAUAGGUGCAGAUUAUGAAUUGUAUAGGAGCAUUCAAGUGCUGCAAACCGGUUGCAACGUCCCAUUGUUCCGAAGCCCAGGCAUAGAUGGAAGGUGGAACCGCCGGGGCCCGGGGGGCACCAGUGCAAUCAUUGGUACCUCUGCCCACCACUAAUCCUGCUGAUCCUGCGGCUGAGAGCUCCUGUUCUUCCUACUCGGUGUCGACAUUACAUCUCGUCAACAAGAUAGUUCCCAAAAUUGUUGUUGAUGGACAGUGGAUAGGUAAUUGCCUAAUAGCCUAGUAAUAGGUAUAUUAGAGGUCAGUGCGGUGUGAAAAUGAUGGUUAUGGGUUAUGGUUGUGAGUCGGCAAAGUUGUGCCAAGUUUCCAACCAUAUUAAGGUUGAACCAUUGAGGAAUACGAGGUCCGUCCAGGACAAGAGCAAGAUUGUUGUGAAGGUUGGGAGUCUUGUGACUUCCAUACUUAAGUUUAAUAGGUACUUCAGAUACUUUAGGGUAACUUGACAAUGAUGGGCUUAUGGAUGAUGCAGUUAUGGGUGCAAGUCAGCGCAGCUGUAAUCUUCUUUCUCUGAUAAUGAAUGCAGCAAGGCUUUUGUGGAUGUUGCUGCCAUCAGUUGCAAUUGUCUGGAGUUAGUCACUCAAGAAGAAGAAGAAGAAUGAGAUUGUUCAGAAUUUUCACCUCCUAAGUUUUCAAUUGCCAUAACAAGUUGUGUGGGUGUUUGGAAGUUGAUGAUGCACUUGUGGCUCAACUUGAAAGCAGCAGAGUGGCAUGUGUUUUGUUUCACAUUUUGCUGUGAUGGUGAUGAUGAUGAUGAUGAUGAUGAUGAUAAUGAUGAUGAUGAUGACUAUCAUCUUCGUGCGAUUUGUUUCACAUUUUGCUGUGAUGAUGAUGAUGAUGAUGAUGACGAUGGCAACGAUGAUGACAAUGAUGAUGAUGAUGAUGAUGAUGAUGAUGCUGAUGAUGAUGAUGAUGCAUGACGAUGAGGAUGAGGAUGCGGUGGAUGUUGCAAUCUGUUGCAAUAGCAGACAGACAGCAGCAACUUUGAUC